AUGCGGGAGCGAGCCAAGUACAUCCCGAUGAGGCUGAGUAUCAAGGAGCGAAAGCUGCUUCGCUUGUUGGAGGCAGCGCUGUCGGUCAGCGAGUACGUGGACCGUGUGGAUGUGAUCUCGUUCAAGUCUCGCUCAGGGAGGAUGGUCUCGAUGAUCAAGGAAGUAUGCUCGAUCCUCUGCGGGCUGUUGGUGUCGAGCGACUACAAGGAGGGGCAGCGACUGAUCGAGAACAAGAACUACGCUGACAACGAGGAGUUCUUCCAAAAGAUCUUCGAGGUCGGGAGAAGGCACAAGAUCAUGAACCCCGAGAAGAUGAGGAGCACGUACGGAAAGCUCAUCUACAUGCUCCAGGACGCCGAGUCCCCCGAGGUGUCGGAGGUCCUGGGGUUUAAGUGCGUCAAGGAGAUCAGGACUGUCUUCUCUUUCCUCCAGUAUGCAGGAGCUGUGGAGCUUCUCAACGACCCGCUGGUGCAGCUGGCAACCUCGGAGAUACGCUCCGAGAACAGGAGCCGAGAGCAGGUGAACGCGGACAUUCGGCACAAGGAGAAGGCUGUGGAGCACCUCGCGAGGAAGUACCGGAGCGAGAAGCUGGAGGAGGAGGACAUCCGCUGCUGUCUCUACUCCAUCGGGGACAACAACGCCUUCCUGAGGUUCACCAGGGACCCUUGUGAGAAGAUGCUCGAGUGGCUCAGGUCCAAGUUCAACCCUGAGCUCCCUGAGGACGAUUUUUCCCUUGCCAUCAUCGGGGGGAGGAACGGGGCAAGGCUGACCCACAGCCACAGCAGGCAGUAUCGCUUCGUGGAGCAGUCCCUCAUGCUCUGGAGUGCAAUCCUCAAAGAUAUGUUCAAGUUAUGGCACUUGUCCGAGCAAGAUCUGCUCUCAUCGCUGCAUCCUUACAAGCUCCGGGACACAGGGCAAGGGCUCAACAGAGUACAACACAGCCCCCGCAUAGGAAGCGAGAUGGAACGAAUCCUCCACUCGGUUCAGUCAAAGCUGCAAAGCAAGUGGGAAGGCUCGUCGGUUGUCCACCUGGGAGACCACAACGUUCCCAACGCGCUCAUGUUCAUCGACAAGUACACGCAAGUCGAGAGGAUCCUCAACCCCGUCGUCCUCUGCAUCGAGAAGCUGCCCCAGCUGUAUGCUAGCGACAAGGGCAUCAGGAAGUACCUCGACUCCUCCUUCGGGUCGGUGGAGCAUCUCAGCAAGAUGAUUCUGUCUGACUUCUUCCGGAGUGCCUUCGACGGCAGUGGCGCCGACAACUUCUUUGACGCCGGGUCCUGCAUCGAUGGCAGGCUAACAAGCGCGUGGAACUGGUGCAGCCGCAUAGAGAGGAAGCCUUACUUCCCCGCGUUUCUGCUGACGGGCUUCACGGGCUUCGACGGCAAGUUUGAGUAA